AGGUCGCGUUAUACGUCAUAUCUCGUGAACUCGUGUUUUUCUUUAAGGUUAGAAUUCCGAGUUUACCAGUAGUAAAUACGACUUUGUCGGCCGAUCGAGUUCAGCUUGCUACUGGGACAUUUGGUAUUUUCCAUUUUUAGACACCAUGCAGCAUAAUUGUAUGUUCGUGUGUAGCAGCCCAGUGAUCUUACUCCAGUAGUUACUCUUUCAACGGUAGGUUAGCUAGCUUAGCUAGUCCAAUUGCUGAGAGAGCUGGUCUAUGAAAAAGAGCUGUGUGACAGAAUGGCAACCCAUAUGCUUCUGGUUUUAUAUGGGAGUCAGACAGGCACGGCCCAGGACACAGCCGAGAGACUUGGGCGGCAGGCCCAGAGGAGGCGGAUUGGAGUCCGAGUGCAAGCUCUGGACAGUUACAAUGUGGCAAACCUGAUAUCCGAGUCUCUCGUGGUGUUUGUUUGUGCUACUACAGGGCAAGGUGACCCUCCAGACAACAUGAAGAAUUUCUGGAAGUUUCUGUUCAGGAAGUCGUUGCCUGCAGGUUCCCUUUGUCGCUUGGAUUGUGCAGUGCUUGGCCUGGGGGACUCCUCUUAUCCUAAGUUCAACUUUGUUGCUAAGAAGCUCUAUAAGCGUUUGCUGCAGCUUGGUGCUAAUGCCCUGCUCCCUGUUGGCCUGGCUGACGAUCAGCAUGAUCUGGGGCCAGAUGGAGUGAUUGAUCCCUGGUUAAUUUCAUUCUGGCAGAAAGUUCUGCCUAUGUAUCCUCCACCAGCUGGACUAAGCCCACUCCGUGAGGAAGAUCCGCUUCCUCCUCGCUAUGUUUUCCAAUUCUUGGAUGAUGUAACAGAGAAGCUCAUGAAACUCCUCCCACCUGAUGAUCAGGCCCUGCCCUCUUCAAUGCACCCUUUCCCUGCAAAAAUGGUGUCUAAUGAAAGAGUAACAGACCCUUCUCAUUUCCAGGAUGUAAGGCUUAUUGAGUUUGACAUCACAGACUCGAACAUCCAGUACAGCGCAGGCGAUGUUGUGAUGAUGAGGCCAUGCAAUUCCAAAGAAGACGUGGAGCAGUUUUGCCGGCUACUGAGACUGGACCCUGCCCGCUACUUCAUACUUACCCCUACUGAUGGCAGCACAGGUAUGUCUCCAGUUCCUAUGCGCCUGCCUCAGCCCUGUUCAGUCAGGUAUCUAGUAGAGCAAUUUUUGGACAUUGCUGCAGUUCCACGCCGCUCUUUCUUUGAGCUGCUUGCCACGUUCGCCACAAACGAGCUGGAGCGAGGAAAACUGGCUGAGUUCAGUUCGGCACUAGGUCAGGAUGAGCUACACGGUUACUGCAACAGACCCCGCCGCACAGCCUUGGAGGUUCUGGCUGACUUUCCUCACACGACGGCUGAACUCAGUGUGAACUAUUUGCUAGAUUUAUUCCCUGAAAUUCAGCCUCGUUCUUUCUCUAUAGCAUCUUCCCUACUGGCACACCCUAACCAGCUUCAGAUCCUGGUGGCUGUGGUGAGGUAUAAAACCAGACUUCAUAAGCCACGUAAAGGCCUGUGCUCCUCCUGGCUGGCAUCUUUGGACCCCUCUCAGGAUGAAGUCUGUGUGCCAUUAUGGGUGAAGAAAGGUGGCCUGAGGUUUCCCCAGGACCUUGAAACCCCAGCCAUAAUGGUAGGGCCUGGGACGGGUGUUGCUCCAUUCAGGGCUGCCAUACAGGAGAGAAUUGCUCAAGGUAAAACAGCUAAUGUGCUGUUCUUUGGAUGCCGCUCUGAGACCAGAGACUUCUACUGUCACUCUGAGUGGGAGGAAAAGAUCCAGGCUGGUCACAUGACGCUGUUUACCGCCUUCUCAAGAGACCAGGAGGACAAAAUCUAUGUUCAGCACAGAGUAAAGGAGCAGGCUAAGCUAUUAUGGGACCUGAUUGCUAACAAGAAUGCAGUCUUCUACAUAGCAGGGAACUCCAAGCAGAUGCCUACAGGAGUAUGUGAUGCACUUAAGGAGGUUUUCCAACAGGAGGGAGGUGUGACAGAUAGCCAGGCUCAGGAAAUGCUGGACGCCAUGGAGAAAGCUGGACGUUUACAGAGCGAGACCUGGUCCUAAUCAGCCUCUACUCACUUGCUUAAUAUUUACUCUUAACAUGGCCUUCAGUUGCAAAGGGAGAUUGAACUAAGUUAAAGGUGUGCUAUAAUGCUAUGCAGACUAUACAUCUUCUGUUUGACCAAAUAAUAAUGAUAAUAAUAAUAAUUAUUAUUAUUAUUAUUAAUAAUAAUUAAUAAUAAUAAUGAUUAACAAACCUGGUUCAUAUUAGGAUGCCCAAGGUGGAGAGCACAAAAAAGGGCCUAUUAUUUGUAGAGUAUUUCAUUUUUUAUAUGAGACUUAUAUUGUUAUUACUAAUUCAAAACUGGACUUCCAAAGGACCAAGUAGUGCAAAUUCAAACUUACAUGCACAAGUUGCACUAAUCUAACAACACUGAAAUCAGCUUUGAAUUAACCUGUAACUGAAAUUGUCUGAAAAUUAAAUCUUCUUACUCAAUGUUUGGGAAGCAUAUAAAAUAACUUCAUGCAAGUAUAAUUUAUUGGUUAUUUUGAGCAGUUACUUUUAUAUACCAAAAACAGACUUGUUAUCCCUUAGAAUUAAACAACCCCAAGAUUUAAUAGCCCCAUUAAUAUAAAGACACAGCUCAACAAUAAUUUCUACAAAGCUGUUUAUUUUAUUUUUGCACACUCAUUCAUAGUAAACACUUACAUGCAUACAUAAGUCUCUAAAUAAGUUAUACACAAACAUCCACCCAGACAACUCGGUUCAGUGCAAGCACGGGCUAUACUUGGGCUGGCUUAAAUAUCACACAUUCAUCACCAUGAAGCUUUUCUGCUGUCUUUAAAGCGCCUUAUGAGAAAAUACAGGCUUAAGAUGUUUAGACGUCUUGGAGGCUAAUACGACAAACUUAAGUCCUGACACCUUUCAACCCCUCAGCAACAGUCCACAAAAGACUCAGUCAAACUAGAUCUGAAAAGCUCCCCCUUGCUUAAAGCCCCCACACUUUGACACAGGCACAUAUUGAUCCUUUUCCAGUCUUGUGCAUCAUUAGAAACUGCAAUGACACUGGCAGUAAGGAACAAUCUUGUACAGACUUAACAUGGUUCGUACAGUUGCUUUCUCAUAAACAAUGGCUCAUUUACUCACAAGGCUCCUAUCUAAGAGCUAACGUGUGGACCUGGUAGAUCUCUUCAGGAAAGUUCUGCUGUUGUUCCUCGUGGACAAUGACGAGUCCGGCUCUGGCCACCAGGUGGUGCAGUAUCUGCAAGUCUCUGCAUACACUACUGUCAACCUCAUCAGGCACCACACCCUCGUACGCUACAUUAUCCUUUAUCACGAUCAGGCCGUCAGGACGUAGGGCGCCUUGACAGCGCCUCAGGAACUCUACUAGGUGGUCAUCAGUCAAGUGACCUGGAUAGAAAGGGAGGGCAGUUCAUUUUUUCAGUUGUUCAGAACCAAAUUUCUUUUCUGUGAACAUAAACUAGUCUCAGGUAUAGCCAUACAAUAGAAAAUGAGCUAAGCAGAAAUGGGAAUAAUUUUUGUAAUGAUCAAGGUUAAAUCCAGUUUCUUUGCAUACUUUGUUAGCCCCCUUUCAUCCUGUUCUUCAAUGGUCAGGACCACCACAGAGCAGGUAUUAUUUGGUUGAUGGAUCACUCUCAGCACCACAGUGACACUGACGUGGUGGUGCUGUGUGUGUGUUGUGUUCAUAAGAGUGGAUGAGACAGUAGUGCUGCUGUAGUUUUUAAACACUGUGCCCCUUCCCUAUCCACUCUUAGACACUCCUACUUUGUUGAUGUAAAGUCAGAGAUGAUGGCUCAUCUGUUGCUACACAGUUUGUGUUGGUCAUACUUUAGUCCUUUAUCUGGGGUCACGCUGCUGGCUGGAUAUUUUUGGUUGGUGGACUAUUCUCAGUCUAGCAGUGACAAUGAAAUGUUUAAAAUCUUCAGCAGCCCUCUUGGGUCUGAUCCAUUCGUGGCAGCGCAGCACACACUAACACACCACCACUAUGUCAGUGUUAUUGCAGUGCUGAGAAUGAUCCACCACUCAACUAAUACCUGCUCUGUGGUGGUCCUGACCAUUA